AAUCUGGAAGAUGCUCAGACGCCAUUCCGUCCCCAGGAGACAGCAUCCAUCGUGGUGGACAAAAAAAGGAAAGAAGGAAGGAGGCGAAAGCCGUUGCCGUUUAUAAGCUGUGGUUUUCCUUGCCGAGGAACUGAAACCUCUAUUUCCGCCUCUUUCCCCCCCCCUUCCCACCCGCUCGCAGUGGGCUGAGGUCGCUGUUGCUGAAGGGAAGUGAAAAUGAAAUCGACUUUUCUGAGAACUGAUGAAAGCGGCGAAGCCUGCCAAUGAACGGCUGCGGCAAACUUCCGCACCUCUUUCUUUCGUUCCAGCUCCCAGCUCCCCCCCUCUCGCUCACUGCACAAACAGGCCUGGAAGAGGUGGAGGAGGAGGAGGAGGAGGAGAAGGAAAGGAGGGAGGGGGGAUUUCCAAGAUUCAGCUCCUCGCGGUUUCCUCGCCUUGUUUUGCUUUCGAUCUGGACUAAUCUCCGCCAAAAGCAGAGGAAGGCAUAACUUUUAGUUUUGCUCCUGCGAUUUAUCCAGCCGCCUGUUUUCCUUUCCAUUUUGCGUCUCUUGGCAACCGUGAUAACCUUGAGGAAUUACAUAAAUAUCGCGAAACAAACUUAUUGGGACAGGGAAGGGAUCGGCUGGAAGACGCGUUUCUUUCGCUGGCUGUGGGCUCUGAAACGCGAUUUAUUUAGGGGGGUGCCGGAUGGUGAAACAUAGCAUCAGCAGAAACAAAGGCGAGAAGCGAUUGUGAGGGGGAGAAGGGAGCAAAUAAUCUGGAUUUGGGAGUACAAAAUAACCCACAGAAUAUAAGAAAGCCAAGAAACAUCUCACUGAGGGAUCGAAAGGAUUUAACUCCCGCGAAGGUUACGAGAGAAGCUAAUGGAGUUGCUGAGCUGGACACUUGUUGUUUUCGAUCCCGGGAUCUGUUGGCAAUACGGAUAUUAUUUCCUGCGGCUGACCAGGCUCUUCGCGGGUGUGGAAGCUAGGUGACCGAGUGGGAAUAUGUGAGCCCCUAAUUUUGCAGUUCCUUAUCUCAGAAUGGUAACAAUGCCAGUAGAAAGAAUGCGAAUGCGGCCGUGGCUGGAGGAACAAAUAAAUUCAAACAAAAUACCAGGUCUGAAAUGGCUAAAUGAGGAAAAAAUGAUUUUUCAGAUUCCUUGGAUGCACGCUGCACGCCAUGGGUGGGAUGUUGAAAAAGAUGCUCCUUUAUUUAGGAACUGGGCUAUUCACACAGGGAAGUACCAGCCAGGAGUUGAUAAAGCAGAUCCAAAGACAUGGAAGGCAAACUUUCGAUGUGCUAUGAACUCCUUGCCUGAUAUUGAAGAAGUCAAAGACAAAAGCAUAAAGAAGGGAAAUAAUGCCUUCCGGGUUUACCGGAUGCUGCCAUUAUCUGAGAGGCCUUCAAAGAAAGGAAAGAAACCCAAGCCAGACAAGGAAGACAAAAUGAAACACAUUAAGCAAGAACCAGAAGAAUCAUCUUAUGAACUGAGUAAUGGAACAAGUCAGGGGUUUUCUGAUUACUGCUUAUCUUCCACAAUAAAAACUGAAGUUGACAGUACAAUAAACAUUGUAGUUGUAGGAGAUCCACACUUUGAGUGUGGUUCUGAGGAUCAUAUGAUAGUUCCCAAUCCACCUGAUGUUUGCCAAGUAGUGGAGGUAACAACAGAAUGUGAUGAGCAACCCAGCAGUAUGAGUCAGCUAUAUCCACUACAGAUCUCCCCAGUCUCCUCCUAUGCAGAAAGUGAAACAACAGACAGCAUACCAAGCGAUGAAGAAAAUGCACAGGGUCAUCUUCAGUGGCAAAAGGAAAACAUUGGCGGCAAACAAUACUAUAGCAACUUGGGGACAAGGAACCCCCCGUACCCGCUCCCUGGUAUGGCUACCUUUGUGACUUCUAACAAGCCUGAUCUCCAGGUCACCAUUAAGGAAGAAAGCUGCCCUCUGCCUUACAACAGCUCAUGGCCUUCUUUCCCAGAGCUCCCUCUCCAACAAAUAGUGUGUUCCGCUUCUACCAGUCACAGCAGUAGGCCACCGGAUCAUGAGAACCGGGCAAGCGUCAUUAAGAAAACGUCAGAUAUUACUCAGUCUAGAGUCAAGAGCAGCUAAGCCAUGAACUGGCAUGUUCUUGGCAGAUUUUCCAUUGUGGCUUUGAGGAGCACAUCUAAUGGACAUUCAACAAACCCAAGGGGAAAGCCUUGACAAAGCAGAAAAUGACUGUGUCCAACUCCAGUACUGGAGCAUUUUAAACUCAGGACUCCAACCAUCAGAAUGUAGAGGUGAAGCUGGACAGAGUCCAAAGGUUACAGAGGGAGAGAAGGCCUACAUUGGUUAAUUCCAAGGCUUCAUCAAGAGGACCAAGAGCCCCCAAAUGAAGUUCCGGCACUUCUUGCAGUUAAGGCCACAAUGGAACUGAAAACUCCAGAAAGGAAAGGAAAAUGUGAACUUGCUUGAUUUCUUUUUCAGAAUCUAUUGUGAAUAUGUACAUAAUGCAGUACUAGCAAUACUGCAGUCUGCUUUUGCACCUUAUUAAAAAAAAGCACUUGCAAAAAAAAGGCCUUUCAUUAUCUUGCUCUAAUUAAUGGCACACUUAAAGCCCUUCCACUCAUGCCCAACUUUGUUCUUUCCCAAGGCUCUUCUGGCUAAUGUUGUCUUGGACUAUGAAAAAAUGACUUCAGCAGGAAGGUAAAAUUUUCUCAUGUACAUUUCACAGGUUGUUUUUAAGAGUCUUAUAUGUGUCUAAUCUGCUAUGCUUGAAAGCUGUGUGGUACAACAGAAGAAAAUCUAUUACAGAUAUAUUAUGCAAAUUCCCAGGUUUUAAAGAGAAAAAAAAAACUCUAAUUCUAACCAGAGUAAGCUUUUUUAUUUUUUUAUACAGUGGAAUAUUUUAUUCAAAGUAAAAUUCUAAAGUGGAUAUAAUUGUUUUACUUUUUUUAUCUUUUCUAUAGCAAAUUUAUAAUUUUACAAUUCAGUGUCUUGGUUGUCAGCAUCUAUCACAUCUUUGUGGCACAUCUUCGUCUUUUUUUUUUUUACAAUGUGUAAAGGUGAAAUAGCUUUUAAUUAAUUUUAUGUAGCAAUCAAACUAUCCUGUGGAUUGAUAAUAAAUAUUAUAUAUAAAUAAGUUUUUAAAUAAA